GAGGAAGUUAACGGGGGAAUUGGCUCUCGGAAGAAAUGGAUCAACGCGGUGCCGAGCGGGGGCACUGAGCUGAGGAGAAAUUGCGUGGCUGAUUGCUUGCUUGGGUCGUUAAUGCUAAGGAGCGAUCGAUUGGGGUAAUGGAUCAGCUGGUGGGAGAAGCAGUCCCCAGGGGAAAUUGAUUGGCCGGUGGCCAUAGGUCAGGAAGAGAGAAGGGGGAAGAAAUUGAUCGGAGAUCUGGGGCUGGAGACGCUCUCGAUUGGAUAAUCGGGGCUUGCCAGGAAGCAGAACGGAUUGGGGGAGGGAUGCGAUAUUGACCGAAAGAUGGAUGGAAUUGAUCAGCUGAUUGGGGAGUUGGUGCCCAGGGCGUGAAAUUGAUCAGAGGAAACUGACUCAUUGAGUGGGAAACUGGUCGGUUUCAGGGAGAACGGGAACGCUGCUCCGAGGGAUCUGCCUUUGGUCGAGUGAUCGGGAGUCGUUGAUCGGCCGGUGAGAGGAGAGAUCCGCUGGCCGAUCGGAGACCCGUGCGGGGAGACAAGUGAGCCGAGUUUCUCUUGCCCUCCGCGGGGAUCGAUCGGUCUCUGCGCCUGGCGUGGAGAUUGCCCCGCUUGGGGCAGGGGCGAGCUCCCAGCCAUGGCCAGUCCCUCCUUCUUCGGCAGAUACACCCACGCCAUCGUCCGCAGUGUCCCGGACUCGCUGGGCGCCCAGCCCGCCGGGGACGGGGCGGGCCCGGCAGAGCCGGUGGACCUGGCCAAGGCGCACCGGCAGUACGGGGUCUACACCGGGAUCCUGCGGCAGAAGCUGGGCCUGCAGGUGAUCGAGUUGGUGGCCGAUGAGGGACUGCCCCGCUCCGUACUGGUGGAGGACGCGGCCGUGAUCCAGGGCGAUACGGCGCUUGUCACCCGGCCCUGGGAGCCGGCGCGGCGGGGAGAGAUCAGCAGCAUCAAGAAGGUCCUGGAGGAGCUGAAGAUGCGGGUGGUGGAGGUGAUGGAUGAUGGGGCCACCUUGGAUGGCAGCGACGUGCUCUUCACAGGUCGAGAGUUCUUUGUGGGCAUCUCCAAAUGGACCAAUCACCGAGGGGCGGAGGCGGUGGCGGAUGCUUUUCGGGAUUUUGCUGUCUCUACGGUCCCCGUGGCGGGCUCCUCCCAUCUGAAGAGUUUCUGUAGCAUGGCUGGGCCGGACACAGUCGCCAUCGGAAGCAGUGAGGCUGCCAAGAAAGCCAUGAGGGUAACGGGGCCUAUACUGGGAUGGCUGGGCCCAGGGGGCUGAGCUGUGGUGGCAG